GACCAAAUUUAAUUGAAAAAAACUAACUGUGUUAGACCUAAAGGACAAAACGUGUAUGAUAUAAAAACAUAAAGGACAAAACUCGUCAAUUUUGAACAUAAAGGAGAGCGCCUGAAAAUAGGUAUAAAGAUAAAGGACAAUCCUUGAAAUUUACUCUAAAAAAUAUAUUAAAAAAAUGGCAUCAAAAGGCUUUCAGGAGAAGAUAAAGAGAGGAAGAGAUCAAUGCAGAUGGUCUGAAAUGCAAAGUCUUGAACUUUGUGAAAACCCAAAUAUACCCUUGGGAUCACUAACUGAAGAAGAUAGAGAAACUGAAAGUGAUAUGGAAAUGGAAGGAGAAAAGAGUAAAUGUGCAGAGAAAGAUAAAGAGGCUUCAGUUGGGUUUGGAGAGUUGUUUAGAUUUGCAGAUGGAUUGGAUUAUGUGUUGAUGGGAAUUGGUACAAUUGGUGCAUUUGUUCAUGGGUGUUCUUUGCCAAUCUUUUUGAGAUUCUUUGCUGAUCUUGUUAAUUCAUUUGGGUCCAAUUCACAUAAUGUUGAUAGAAUGAGUGAUGAAGUGUUGAGGUAUGCAAUUUACUUUAUUAUAGUUGGAGCUGCAAUAUGGGCAUCUUCAUGGGCAGAAAUAUCAUGUUGGAUGUGGACAGGAGAGAGACAAUCAACAAAAAUGAGGAUCAAAUAUCUUGAAGCAGCAUUGAGUCAAGACAUUCAGUUCUUUGACACUGAAAUCAGAACUUCAGAUGUUGUAUUUGCUAUCAACACUGAUGCUGUUAUUGUUCAAGAUGCCAUUAGUGAAAAGCUAGGAAACUUUAUACACUAUUUGGCAACAUUUGUGUCUGGAUUUGUGGUGGGAUUCACAGCAGUUUGGCAAUUAGCACUUGUGACACUUGCUGUGGUGCCUUUGAUUGCUAUAAUUGGAGCUAUUCAUAUGACAACAUUGGCGAAAUUGUCGUCGAAAAGCCAAGAAGCUCUUUCAGAAGCUGGAAACAUUGUUGAGCAGACAAUAGCGCAAAUUCGGACCGUUGUGGCAUAUGUUGGUGAAUCUAGAGCGUUACAAGCGUACUCGGAAGCGUUAAAGAUCGCGCAAAAGCUUGGAUACAAAAGCGGAUUUGCAAAAGGAUUAGGAUUAGGAUCAACUUAUUUCACUGUCUUUUGUUGUUAUGCACUUCUUUUAUGGUAUGGAGGAUAUCUUGUUAGAAACCAUUACACCAAUGGAGGACUUGCAAUUUCUACAAUGUUUUCGGUCAUGAUUGGUGGACUUGCGUUAGGCCAAUCGGCUCCAAGUAUGUCUGCAUUCGCAAAAGCACGAGUAGCCGCAGCUAAAAUCUUUAAGAUCAUUGAUCACAGACCAAAUGUUGACAGAAACUGUGAACCGGGUUUGGAGUUGGAACCCGUUUCGGGUCAACUAGAGUUGAAAAAUGUUGACUUUUCAUACCCCUCAAGACCAGAUGUUAAAAUUUUAAACAACUUCACUUUAAGUGUUCCUGCUGGGAAAACUAUUGCUUUGGUUGGAAGCAGUGGUUCCGGAAAAUCCACCGUUGUGUCCCUCAUCGAAAGGUUCUAUGAUCCUACAUCGGGACAAGUUAUGCUUGAUGGGCAUGACAUUAAAGGACUAAACUUGAAAUGGUUAAGGCAACAAAUCGGUCUGGUUAGCCAAGAGCCAGCGUUAUUUGCAACCACCAUAAAAGAAAACAUACUUUUGGGUCGGCCCGAUGCAUCCUUGGUUGAGGUCGAGGAAGCAGCCCGUGUCGCCAAUGCUCACUCGUUCAUUAUUAAAUUACCCGAUGCCUACGAUACUCAGGUUGGGGAGAGAGGAUUACAAUUAUCAGGUGGUCAAAAGCAAAGAAUAGCAAUAGCAAGAGCAAUGUUAAAGAACCCUGCAAUCUUGCUUUUAGACGAGGCUACAAGCGCUUUAGAUUCGGAGUCCGAAAAACUAGUACAAGAGGCGUUGGACCGUUUUAUGAUCGGGCGGACAACUUUGGUGAUCGCCCACCGUCUCUCCACCAUACGCAAGGCGGAUCUCGUGGCGGUUUUGCAACAAGGUGGUGUUUUGGAGAUCGGCACGCAUGAUGGUCUUAUCGCCAAAGGGGAAAAUGGUGUCUAUGCUAAGCUUAUAAAGAUGCAAGAAGUUGCUAAUGAAACUGCUUUGAACAAUGCUAGAAAAAGCAGUGCAAGAGCUUCUAGUGCAAGAAACUCAGUGAGUUCACCAAUAAUGACAAGAAACUCAUCGUACGGUCGAUCACCGUACUCUCGACGGUUAUCCGACUUCUCAACAUCAGACUUUAGCCUAUCACUUGAAGUCGGAUACGCGAACCACCGGCUUGAGAAGCUCCCAUUCAAAGAGCAAGCAAGUUCCUUCUGGCGGCUCGCCAAAAUGAACUCACCCGAAUGGACCUAUGCGUUAAUCGGCUCAGUGGGUUCAGUAGUUUGUGGCUCACUCAGUGCAUUCUUCGCAUACGUUCUAAGCGCUGUUCUGAGCGUGUAUUACAAUCAAGAUCACGAGUACAUGGUUAAGGAAAUCGGGAAAUACUGUUAUCUGUUGAUCGGGGUUUCAUCGGCUGCUCUUAUUUUCAACACGUUGCAGCAUUGUUUCUGGGAUGUUGUUGGAGAAAACUUGACUAAACGGGUUCGUGAGAAGAUGUUGACCGCGGUUUUGAAGAAUGAGAUGGCGUGGUUUGACCAAGAGGAAAAUGAGAGCUCGCGCGUGGCUGCGAGGCUCAGUUUGGAUGCGAAUAAUGUUCGGUCAGCGAUUGGUGACCGGAUUUCGGUCAUUAUGCAGAACUCUGCGCUCAUGCUGGUUGCAUGCACCGCGGGUUUUGUUCUACAGUGGCGGCUUGCGCUUGUUCUCGUUGCGGUUUUCCCUGUGGUGGUUGCUGCAACUGUUUUGCAGAAAAUGUUUAUGCAAGGAUUUUCGGGCGAUUUAGAAGGCGCACACGCGAAAGCUACGCAGCUUGCUGGUGAGGCGGUAUCGAAUAUGAGAACAGUGGCCGCGUUCAACUCGGAGUCGAAAAUCGUCAACCUUUUUACGACAAGUCUGGAUAAGCCGCUUCGUAGAUGCUUCUGGAAAGGACAGAUAGCGGGUAGCGGGUUCGGGGUGGCUCAAUUUUUGCUCUAUUGUUCGUAUGCGCUCGGGCUUUGGUACGCGUCGUGGCUCGUAAAGCAUGGGAUCUCUGAUUUCUCAAAGACCAUUCGCGUGUUCAUGGUUCUCAUGGUCUCGGCCAAUGGUGCGGCCGAGACACUGACUCUAGCUCCUGAUUUCGUCAAGGGUGGUCGAGCGAUGAGGUCUGUUUUCAACCUUCUUGACCGAAAAACGGAGAUUGAGUCGGAUGACCCUGACUCGACCCCGGUCCCAGACCGGCUCAGAGGAGAGAUAGAACUUAAACAUGUGGAUUUCGCUUACCCGUCUCGUCCUGACACCCCGGUUUUCCAUGACCUUUGUUUGCGUGCCCGAGCGGGAAAGACUCUGGCCCUAGUCGGGUCAAGCGGGUGCGGGAAAAGCUCGGUUAUCGCACUUAUACAAAGAUUCUACGAGCCAUCAUACGGACGAGUCACGAUCGAUGGAAAAGAUAUCCGGAAAUAUAAUCUAAAAUCCCUACGUCGCCACAUCGCCACGGUCCCACAAGAACCGUGUCUUUUCGCGACCACGAUUUACGAAAACAUAGCAUACGGGCACGAGUCGGCAACCGAGGCGGAGAUUAUCGAAGCCGCCACUUUCGCAAACGCUCAUAAGUUCAUAUCUUCGUUACCGGAUGGAUACAACACGUUUGUCGGGGAACAAGGGGUGCAGUUGUCGGGAGGGCAAAAGCAACGUGUGGCAAUCGCACGUGCGUUUUUAAGGAAAGCUGAGGUCAUGCUACUAGACGAGGCCACAAGUGCAUUAGACGCGGAGUCCGAGAAGUGCAUUCAAGAGGCGCUUGAACGUGUUUGUUCGGGGAAAACAACUAUUGUUGUUGCGCAUAGGUUGUCGACGAUACGAAAUGCUCAUACCAUUGCGGUUAUUGAUGACGGGAAAGUGGCGGAACAAGGGUCGCACUCGCAGUUGUUGAAGAACUAUGCAGACGGGUGUUACGCGAAGAUGAUUCAGUUACAACGAUUCUCACACGGACAUGAAGUUGUAAACAUUGCGUCGGUUGGUUCGAGUUCAUCGUCACAAAUCUAAGGAAAGAAGAUGAUUAAUUUGUAAUAUUUUGUGUUUAUUUCUUUAUUUUUGGGUUGUACCUUCACUUUAUGUUGGUUAGUAUUAAUUGUGUAGGCUUUAAUGGUUACAGUGGAUUAUUAUUAUUAUUAUUUUUGGGAUGUCCCUUCA